AUGGCGUCGUUUCUUCAGAGUUUAGUAGAUCCCAGGAAGAAUUUCUUGGCUCGUUUGCACAUGAAAUCCGUCUCUAAUCGCCUCCGCAGAUACGGUCUCAGAUACGACGAUCUCUACGAUCCUUUGUACGAUUUGGAUAUUAAGGAGGCGCUUAAUCGGUUACCGAGGGAGGUCGUCGAUGCGCGUAACCAGCGUCUAAAGCGUGCGAUGGAUCUCUCAAUGAAACACGAGUACCUUCCAGAUAAUCUUCAGGCACUGCAGACACCAUUCAGGAGCUACCUCCAAGAAAUGCUGGCUCUUGUGAAGCGGGAAAGAGCUGAGCGAGAAGCUUUGGGAGCUCUACCUCUCUACCAAAGAACCAUUCCUUAA